AUGAAGCCUAUUCAACAGAAUAAAGAUCCGAGAACAACCAACCUAGCCUUGGAUAAUUUCACUGGCUCGAUCUAUUUUAUUACUACUGAACUUACCGACGACGAACAGCAAAUUCAAUCGAUGUUGACAUCACCGCGAACAAAUUCCGUCGACCAUUUAACUCCUAGUCAUCAUGUUGCCUUAAUUACUCAGCCUGUCUUAGGUGCUCGAUCAAGAUCACGAAAGAAACCGACUAAGAUUCUGGAAGAAACAUCGAGAAGAAAUAAAGCGAACGUUCAUCGAGGAUCAUACAAUGAUUCUCCAUCAUUAGUUAUACCCGUUCAUCGAGUCGAUACAUCUCAAUAUCAAAAGUCGAACACUUAUUCGAAUAGUCAUCGUGAAUCAUCUGACUCAGGAUUAGACUUAUCUUCGUCUACCACAUCAUCUGUACAACUUCAACAAUAUUCACAACCACAUCCAAUGGGGCAUCGACCAUUAAGUGCAUUGAAUGAGGACUCAAGUACUGAUGACGGUUAUCAUGAUGAUCAACAACAACAACAAUCUUCACAGAGUUCUACGCGUCUUCGCUUUCCGCCAGUUAAUUUCGGUCGAAAUCGGUCGAUGGAAGAUAUGUUGGGCACACAGAAACGUGAACAGCAACGAUCGGGUUCCUUCACAGACGAACAUCAAUUGAGAAUUCCAUCACGACAUGAUCAUAAAAUGAAACGAUCAAGUGAAGGUGCACUUCUUGAUCUUCUUGAUAACCCGACAAACUCCUCUCGACGAUCGAAUGCUAUCCGAACUGAACUUCUCUAUCCAACAGCGGUUCAACAUCGAUCGUUAAAUGAUUUAAUUGAUAAACAUUCGAAUCCAGCUAGCCGUAAUGAGUCGAAUAUGUCAACAAAUAUGACUAAUUUAGUAUUAACACAGACGGUCAUUCGAAAGCCAAACACAUCAACAUUAAAACCGUUACGAAAAAAAACAAAAUUAAAUAUUAUUAUUGAACCAGCCGUACCAUUAACAUCAUCACGUUUAGCUAUUUAUGAUGAACAAACAAAUGGACCAGCUGAAGCAACAAGUGGCUCAAGUAAUCAAACAACGCCUCGUUCAAUUCAGCCUACUGUUCAACAACAUCAGGUCAAAUCGAAGACAACGACACCUCUCGGUUACUAUCCCAACCCUGAACACAUCAAAACUCAUGUCAAUCGAUCCGUUGUUGAAAGACAAUAUCAUCCACCCGUCCGUCGAGGUGUUCUUCAGCAAUUAGUCCCUUUCGAUGCUUCACCAUCAAAAGUCAAUAAACUUCUAAGACAUCAUGUUCAACAUCAACACCCGACAAUCAGUUUUUAUCCAAGUAUGCACAUCGCAGUGUCACCAUCUCGACAACCUAAACAAACUUCACGAACACACUCCAAUGACGACGAAACAUUUUCUAACAUUGACGAUGACAAAAGAAAACACCGUUUAAAACAAAAGAAUGAUUUCGACAACAAUAACAAUAAAUUAUCCCGACGAUUCAAAGAUCACAAUGACAAGUCCUCAAUUGAUCAAAAUGUACCGAAGUACUUCAUUAAAACCACUCAGCGAACAUCGGAAAAAUUUCCGACGAAGAAAAUGUCCCACAAUCGAUCGAUUGAAAAUCUUGACGACCGUCAAUCAAUUGAAAAUAUGUUUACAGGCACUCCACGUCAUCACCAGGAAUAUCGUGAACGACACUUGCAUAUCACUGAAGCGAAUCGAAAUCGACGUGGAUCAGGUCAAUCAAAUAGUACAACAGGAAAAUCCCAAGACAGUAAAUCUUUCAAUCGACGACAUCUCGGAUACCAACUCGAUCCACUUCGCACUCAGGGAUUCAAAUCAACAGAAGUUAAAGUGCAAAACCAUACAAACGAGAGAAACAUCAAUAAACCAAAUGAAUUUCAUAGUCAACAGGGUGUACAUAAAUAUCCUUAUGCGGAUUCACAAAUUUAUCCGUCGAAAACAUCCGAGACAUCUUCGAACAGAAAUUCGAUUCUUCUCAAUCCGAUUCAUUUAAACGAACAGCAAACAAAACAAAAGCCGCAGAUUGGUGUAACUUUGAAAACAGUUCGUCUUCAACCAUUUGUGUCUACGAAUACUUAUCAGUUACAACGCGAACGAGAAAUUAGUCGAUUGAGCGAUACUUCAAAAGCCGAAUCAACUCCGACGAAACAGCAAACCGUCGACAAAGAUCCCACUGUCGAUUUUCGUUCGCGAUCACCAACAUCUUGGUCAGUUAUUUCCGAACAUCAAAAACAUGAAUCAUCACAAGAUGAUCUGAACGAAAAGAAUAACGAUGAACCCCUUCAUACGUAUCGAAUAGCAACUAAUGAUCAAGAACAGACUGUUCCUUCUUCAUUACCAUCAUCACUUAUAGAUCAUACAUAUCCGUUCACAUUCACACCGGAUUCUGAAAUUAAUGAUAAUCAUGGUUCGUCAAAAGAGAAAUCGAAUCUAUCCGAUAUUUACACGAUAUCCGAACAUGGCAGUACGCAGAAAAUCAUCGACCAACAGUCACCAAAGAAAAAAUAUUACUCACCGCCACCGAAAAUGACUAUUGUAUCAGAUAAAGAUGAAGUUCCGUCCAAUUAUGACAGUGAUGAUGGUUGGAGUGAUGAUUCUGCUGAACUUUUAUAUGUCGAUGAACGUUACGCAAAAGAGAAGAAAAAAUUAUCUUCAUCUACACAUCUAUCUAACCAACAACAUUAUUAUUAUCAAAUUCAACAACAAAAUGUGCUUCUACAGUAG